CACGACGUCUAUAUAAGCGUGGGUGCGCCAUUGCUCGCCCUUUUCGGUCGGGAUUGCGGGACCGUCGGGUGCGUCCUUCCAUCGCCAUGAGGCUCUUUCGGUGUAUGAUUUCGGGAGAUGAGAUGUUCUCCGACAUCUACAAGAUCAAGGAAGGCCCGAAGGGUAUUACUUACGAGGUGGAGGGGAAGUAUAUUAGCAGAACGGAAGGAGGGAUUGAUGACUCGUUAAUUGGUGGCAAUGCUUCCCAAGAAUGUCCUACUGAACAGUCCGAUGCUCUAACGGUCAGUGGAGUUGACAUUAUCUUGAAUCACCAUCUCAAAGAAACUUAUUUCAACAAAAAUGAUUACAGAAAUUACAUAAAGGAAUACAUGAAACGCCUGAAAGAAAAAAUUGAGAAAGAAAACCCAGAAGCGUUGGAAAAUUUUACUGACAGUGCUAAGGUGGUUGUUGGAGAUAUUCUAAAACACUUUGCAGACUAUAAGUUUUAUGUAGGUGAGAGUAUGGAUGUCGAUGGAAUGGUUGGAUUACUAAAUUACCGUUCUGAUGGUACUCCAUAUAUGGUUUUCUUCAAGGAUGGUUUGGAAAUUGAGAAAUGUUAAAUCUGCCUGCAACUCAUCAUGUUGAAUUUGUCAAUCACAAUGACUUAAUGUUCAUAUUACCUGCAAUAAACUUGGAACUGGUAUCA